CUAAUAGUUUCGCAGAGCAGCACAUUCAAAUAGAGGCACCAGCAACAACAUCAGCAAGAAUGGGUCACGUGACGAAAUUUCCUUCUUCUCUCAGGGGAGAUAUUAAUAAAACACAGCCUGCUUCGACGUCUGCUCUAUCGCACCACCACCAGCAAGAGAACAUCAGCAAGCAAAAGCUGUCCCUCUUUGCCUCCUGCCUUCACUACUACGCGAAACUGGGCUUGCUGAGAACCGUGCCGGAACUGGGAAAAAAAGCGGCCACUUGGGUCACCUCGAAUACGUUACUGCUGUUUCCAGCGGAUGUCGCGCUCACAGCCUACAGCUUCGCGAUCGCGGGCAAGUUCCCCGGGUGGCUUUUUUACAGCUUAAUCCCGUCCGUGACAAAGCAUAAUCUUGCAAAGGAUUACAACGCGAAAGAUAUCGCGCAGUUACUCUAUGCGUACGGGAAAGGGGCGGGAAAAUUGGGAGGCCUGUUUUCUACUUCCGGAAAAAAGAACAUGUUGUCUACUCCACAGGGCUGCACGCGCGGCGGUGAAGAGUUGGAGUCCUGGUUUCCGCUUGUGGGCAUGCCAGUUUUGGAUGUUGAUCAUCUUGCGGAAGCAAAGUCGGUGUCGGCGCUGGGUGGCGCAGAAGUAGAUUUAGAAACAGAAGGAGAUCAUCUUCAUCGCGACUUGUUUCUGGACGACUCAUCGUCAUCGACGGUUAGCACCAGUCCCGUCGACCAAGCGGCCCGUUCCUGGUUGGCCGCGAAAUUGAACAAUGCAUCUUCAUAUCAGCUGCAAAAAUGUCUGGUUCUGGAAGAGUCGGGGCUUGUCAUGCGGAUUUGGCAUGACCCGCGAGGUCUGUGAUGCUGGUGCUAGCAUGACAGUUUUUUUGAGAGCUUCGUGAUGCUAAUUACGCAUGAGAAACACCCCCCCCGCGUGCCAAGAACUGACCCCUCUUUCUGCUCAUGCAACACAGAUAUUUUUAGAAUCCGCAGACAGCAUUACAAGUUCCACUCUUCCAGACCCAGACAUAUUUGCAAUCCAUACUUCAACACGUGGCCGCGGCCCCCGCGGUUUUGGGAACAUCAAGCCGACAACCAGCACUACUACAACCAGCGCCUCGAACUCCCUCGCUCGGCAAAUGCCGCGAUCCAGUCUCUUCGCGGCUCAGUCUUUGUCGAAACAAGGCGGUUUGACGGGUCGUGAUAGUUCUGGCACAACGACGACCACCUCCGGAAAGGCCGAAUCCCACCUCUUCAAUCACCGCGCCCUACCCCGAGUGCUGCAAAAUUCCCGUCCGUUCGCGCUCCUCGCCCAGAAGUGCAAGGGGGGGCAGUUGAAUGCGAGGAUCAAGGCGGAAAUCAAGAAAAUCCAGUGGAUAGCCAAGCACCAGCCGGAAAGGUUGUCGCAGCACCGCAUCUCCCGCGCCGCGAAACUAGUUUCGGCCAACACGACGGCAAAUCGGUCGGUGGCGCGGAUGAACAUCCUCAAACUGCAGAAAAGACAGACCAUGAUGCGGAGAAGUGGAGUUGUUGGCGCAGGAACUGGAAUGUUGACAAAUACGACAACGAUUGCGCGGAAUAGCGGAUUAAGAAUUCCCAUGGAUCCCCGGGCGCUGAAAAGGAGGGAAGGAAAUUUGCGGACUCAUCUAGAAAUGGUCGCGCAGCUGUCUGCCCAGGUGGAGAGGUUGCUGAAGCAGGACUUGGUGUCGUGUGCCAACGUGACUGCGAACGGGGAAUACUUCUACGGCAGGAGCGAUGAUGUCCUCGAGGGCGAGAGCUCCCGCCCUUCUCACGACCAUAGGGUUUUGAAGCCCGAAACCCUGCUCUCCCUCUUAUCAACCUUCAUCGAGGAUUUGAAGAUGCGCAGGCAAUUUUUACUCGUGCAACUCUUCCGAAGACUGAUCACAUACGGCAGUUCUUGUAGCGUGUCUACUUCACCAACAUCGUCUAGAAAUCGAGCAGACUGUACUAUUCCCCCUCCGCUCAUUUCUUGGCGCAGCCGGAUCACCGCUUUGAAACUCUACGCAAUGUCGGGCGUUCAAGAAGAACCCGUGCGGAAGUUUUUGUGUCCACCGGCGAAAAUUGUGCAGAACCCGAGCAUUUUGAAGGUGAACGACCUGAAGAAGCUGUGCCUCAUCGGGUGUCUGAAUGAAAAAAUCCUCUCUUUGGAGACGAAACUUGUGUUGCGGAAGAGGAUCAUGGAGUUUGUCGAUAAGAAGCUAGUACACGAUAGGGAUUACAGGAUUCUUGUUGCUUCGGGGAACAAGAAAGACGCCAGCACCGAGGCGGACGCAACACACAUUAUCUCCGCUCUUGACGUCUUUUUCUUCACCAGUCCGAGGGUGUUUGCCGGAGCAAAUGCAGAAGAUUUUUCCGUCCUCACCGGAACUGAUCGACAAAAGCUCUUCAAAGCUUUCGUGAACCGGCACUGCGGAGGACCUGAAGAUUUUUCGGUCUACGAGCUGCAACGGUCGGCGGCAAACAGGAAUGGGAACCGUGCGAAGAUGAGUCCAAAAUUUAUCUUCGGAGAGCGCAGGGCUGUCAUCUCCCGCCCCAUUCCUCCACUCCAACUGUUGUUCCUCAUCCGGGCUUUCACGAUGCUGGCGUCAUCAGAUGGGAUCGCCACCACGUCGUUCUGUGGGGAAACAAAUACCAUCAACUACCAUUACUGCUCUAACACUCCCGACGCGAAGAGACUCACGGAAAAGAUCAGCGAGAUUCUUCCCCAGUGCGCGACCGGGGAGUUGCUGCAGAUUUUGAAAACGGUGCAUGCAUUGCUGGUUGAGAGAGAACGGGAAGGCGAACAGCUAGAUGUGGAAAAUGUAAAUGGUGCAGCAUCGGCAAGACGUUCUUCACUGCGCGAUGGUGGAGACAACAGCAGCCAGGAAGCCGUUGGAGAUGAAGAUGACGAAAACGAUCUUGUUGGAACUUCUGUUACAUCUUCCUCGGAAUUAUUGCAGUCUGCGGAAAACAAUGAGGACGAAGCUAGGAGCACAGAGAAGUGCAGUGAGGAUGAGGAGCAGCACGAAGUAGAAGUCGACGAGGAGUCUUCAUUUGAAGAUGAAGAAGACCACAGCCUCGACGACGAAGAAAUCAUGGACGAACAUCAACCCUUUUUCAAAAAAAUCAACCUCCAUAACCACCCGAAAUCCAUCCAGCGACUCGUCCACCGACUGGGGUCGCUUUUCAAGAUCCGGCUGCAGGAUAAAGAGCAGGCGAGAACGUUCGCAGACGCCUAUCGCGACGCCGGGAUGAAGCAGAGAACGCAGCAGUUCCUACUUCCCCAUGUUUUCGAAAUCCAGCGAAUCCUCACGGAGCUCAGUAUCUGUAUGGCAUUCUCAAACGUUACAUUCUCAACUGUAUACAUGAUUUGUCAUGCAAAAUGAUCAUGAGCCGCCAGCCUAUCAAGCUGAUUCGCAUGACAAAUUCUCGAAGGGCUAGACAGCAUCUAAACCUGUGCCAAAUUUGUGAUGCGAGACUUGCAAGCGCCCCUUUCCCUAUUGCUGUUUUUGCAUCACAAACCCAUGUAACAGUUGAGAAUGUAACGUUUGAGAGCUCCAUAAUCUGGGAAGAAAGGUUGCGGCCGGUCGAGCAGGACCGGCUGUUGUCGGCCCUGGCAACAAUUACUUCUACGAAUAGAACACCAGCCGCUUGCGUGUCGACUGUUGGUACUGCGGCAGCACUGCAACAUCACAAGAAGAUAAAGAAGCCAAAACGGAUCAAGAUCCAGCCAACAGAACGGCAGGUCGAUAAGGAGUUUGAGAAGGGUAUCAAAUGUAAAAAUGUCUGGGUCUGGAAGAAUGCAUGUUUGUCAUGCUUGUCUAGCAUAACUCUUAAAUCUGUCAUGCACGUUACCCAUGAGCUCCAUUUUUCUGUGAUGCAGAAACGCAGUCUGUCAUGCAGAAUAGGCAACGCCUAGAAUCUCAGAAACUUGAUGUCAUGCUGAGCCAGCAUUUGUGACCUCAUCAUGAGACGCCACGCAGCAUCACAAGUUUCCAGACCCAGACAUUUUUACAUUUGAUAAAGGGAAAGUUCAAACUACACAAGCUCGGGGAGGACGACCACGCGUUUUUGUCGAUGAAGAAGCAGUAUCAACUGCAAAAAUGUCUGGGUCUGGAAACUUGUGAUGCAAGUCCGUGAACAAUGAGUGCCCUGUAAUGCGCCGCCAAGCAUGACAAGUUUUUUCGUGCUUCUGUGAUGCGUAUUUCGCAUGAGAAACUGCGCUUUUGCAUGACAGGCAAGAGGACCUAUUAGUGGCCGCGCAAUACAGAGUGCAGAGUCAUCCCAGACUAGCAUGACAAUCUUCCAGACCCAGACAUAUUUGCAAUGUAUAAGCAGAGACAGUGGGUGAAGGUGAAGAGCCGGCUGAUGGAACGAAACCUGGCGAGGGCGCGGCAGUAUGAUGCGACGUACUACGGGCGGGAUAGCAAAAACAAGGGAAAUAGACCUCGAAUCACGUAUGGCAGCAUGGAUCCGAACCUUGAUCCGGUGCGGUCUGAGUGGAAGAAGCGGUGGAAGGACGAGUUUGAACGGCAGGGGGGAACCGAGGCAGAGCGGCUGAAACGAUCUGCAAUGGAAAGCGCGAUGGAAAUGAUGAGGAGUUGUUAGUGAGGAAUUCUGAAUUUUGGGGGAUAGUGCGACAAGUCUAGCUAAUCCAAUUGUCUUGGAAAUUUGAUUUCGAAAUCUGCUUGAAAAUUCACGAGAUUGCAGCGGCGUUGGUGAGCGUGUUGAGGCCACGUUGCGCUUGCGCAAACCACAACGUAAAGAGAGCUGGCGGCAGCGUCGCAGCAUUUUUGAC